AUGGAGGAGAGUUCGGGGAUGGCGGCGGAUGGUGGUGAAAUAGGUCCGAUUGUGUGGGUGCGGAGAAGAAACGGGUCGUGGUGGCCCGGUCAGAUAAUGGAGGCGGAUGAGCUGGCGGAGUAUAAUCUAACAUCGCCGCGAACAGGAACUCCGGUCAAACUCCUUGGAAGGGAUGAUGCAAGCGUGGACUGGUACAAUUUAGAAAAGUCAAAGCGUGUGAAAGCAUUUCGGUGUGCUGAAUUUUCUGAUUGCAUCGAAAGGGCUGAAUCUGCACUGGGCAUGCCAAUCAAGAAAAGAGAGAAAUAUGCACGUCGAGAAGAUGCGAUUCUUCAUGCCCUUGAGCUUGAAAGGCGACUAUUGAAAAAGCAAGGCAAAUUGGUUGUUGCUUCUGAUUGCCCAAGAAGUAACUCAUCUGGGUUUGUGAAGACCGAGCUGGGUGCAUUUUCAGAAGGCUUGGUAAUCAAUAGUGGAAAACAUGAGGAUGUUAAAUCGAACCAACCUUCAAGAGGAGUUGAUACAGAGAUUCCAGGCAGUCAAUUAAUUCCACUGAAAGCCAAGGAUGGAGAUCAACCAGAUUUAGAAGAUCACAGUGAGGCAGUGCUGCAGAUGAGAGGUUUGCAGGACUUCAGGUUGAGGACUUCUUUAAAGCGAAAAAUUUCUCCUUCUGUUGAUUUAGAUGGUUCUUGGAGAAGACCUAUAGCAGGCCACAAAUAUGAAGAUCCUCCUAGCAGUACACCUCAUGUGGAAACAACUACUCAGGCAAACGGUAAGACAUUCUUUAGACAAAUGAAGAUGGUCACAGAAGGGUUGACUGGGGAAUAUUUAGUUAAGGGAUUUGAUUGGGUCCACUUGCUUAUUCAAGGAUUGCAAAAUAUUGCAAAAUUAGAAAUCCCUCAUUUAUUGCAAUCUGACCAUGGGUUUGUUUCUAUAUCUCUUUCAGGAGUGGAGAAGAUGGGAGCUAUUUCUCGGGCAAAGAGGAGUAGAUGUUUUUACUUGCCAGCUGAUUCUAGUGAUUCUAUGGAUGAUAAAGAACUUCCUCCGAUCCAGAAUAAGAUGUCUCCUUCUUGCUUUGAAGACAGGUUACAUUCCCAUCCUGGUUCAUCAAAUGAAGAGGACUCUUCCUCUGGAUUUAUGGAAGAUGUUGAAUCUGAUUCUUCUGGGUCUAAUUCAUCUGAAUGUGAGUCUGAUUCGUCUCAGACUGAGCCAGAUAUGGACAAAGAACUGGUUGUUUUUUCAGAUGUUGCUGCACCUAUAGAAGCUGAACAGGAUGCUCUGGGACAGCCUGAAGCACCAGUUGAACAUGCUAGUGCAUGCAGUGAAGAGUGUGAUGGAUCAAUGUCUUCUGAUGACAUGGAUAACCUUUAUUCUGACGACCCAUUUCUUGCACAUGAAGCAGUGUCCAAAUGGCAAUUGAAGGGGAAAAGGAACAUUCGAUAUCUUACACAGAAGUCAGUCAAUAUGGAAUAUGGAAAAGGUUCUAAUGGAGCUUCUCAUGGAAUCUUCCACAGGAUGAAAGGAAGUAUCUAUAGCCAAAAGGCAUGUGGUGCUCAUGGUGCCAAUUUGGGCAGAAAUUAUAUGGGGGCCAACAUGCAUUGUCUUGGUAACAGAGGCUAUUCUUAUUCAUCAAGGUUAGCGUCCAGAGAUCAAAAUAUUACUGGUCCUAAUCUGAUAAAAUGGGAAGGCAUGGGUUUGGAGAGUCAACAUACUUUCAAGAGACAUUGGGAAGACAGAGGGGAGCACUUGAAUUCAAUAUUUGUUGACCAUCACCGAUUUGGGGGAAGGGCAAGAUCAAUGUUAGUAGACGUGGAUUUGAAGGUUCAAUCAAGCUACCAAAAAGAUCGUGUUCCUAUUGUUUCUCUUAUCAGCAAGUUUGAUGGGAAGGCAAUAAUAGGACAUCCGAUCUUAAUUGAAGCUGUGGAAGAUGGUUCAUCUGAAACUCCUUAUGGUUUAAAUGAUUAUUAUGGCAAUGAAGCAGUUGACCAUGAUGAAAGUACAUCACUUCCACCAGCAUGGCGGACUGCAAGAAGGACCAAUUCUAGGGUACCACGCCCUCAUUUAUCAUCAGUGUUGGGUGCUGAUGCUGCUGCUGAGGAUAUUUUGUUUAUGGAUCAAGAAAGAAGAGUUCCAUUUGGGAAAUCAAGUGCGAGCAGUUUCAGUCACAAGGCAAACCUGGUAAGGAAGAGCCUUCCCCAUGUUCCCCGGCCUUCAGCAGACAAGAAAUUCCCGAGAAAAUUGCCAAAGAAAGGAAGCUUACCGUCUAAUCAAAAAACAAGAACCCUGUCAUCAAUUGGUAUUAAACAGAAAUUUGUCACUAAGGCCAUACAUGAUGCCAGUAAUGGUAAAAUGGAUGGGCUUAUCAAACCUGAGACGUCUGGGCCAACUACAGUUGCUUGCAUUCCUGUCAAAUUAGUAUACAGUAGGUUACUUGAGAAGAUCAAUAGACCACCAUCAAACACAGCUACCAAAAUGGUGGUCUCUACCAGGGGUGGGGAUAGGCAACCUUCAUAG